CGGGCUCGAGAAUUGGACCGAAAGUCGGUAGAGUGUGCUCUGCGAGCUCGAGUGGAGAAAGAGAGAAGCAAGGUCCGCGAGGGGUCGAGGGCAGGAGGAGUGGAGGAGUGGAGGAGAGGAAUUUGUUUCUUACCGGGACAGAAUUGUGAGCGCCCACUUUUCCAGCCGGUGAGAUCGCUGGAGCUGGAGCUGGAGCUGACAUCGUUUGAUGAAUGGAUUCUGCUCCGGCGCCUGCUCCUCGCCAGCAGCCGAAGAGAGAGAAGUUUCAGGCUUUCGGUACAACAUCGACGGGCGACAAGAGCUUCGACAAGAAGAAGCAUGACUUCUGGGACUCUGCGCUCCUUUCUCAGUCUGCUGCUGCUCAGCUGCCGGUGACGGACGCAGAGAGGGAGUCGCUGUUGCCUGCUGCAGGCGUUGGGAGGCAGAAUUCUGAGGCCGUUGCUGCGAUGGCUUCCCAGCGUGUGGCUGCGGUCAACGGUGGCAUUGACGUCGAGAUGGAUCCCGGAGAGCGGCGAUUGAAUCAGCUCGGUUACAAACAAGAGCUCAAGCGAGAAAUGACACUCUUCAAAUGUUUGGCCAUCGCGUUCUCCACAAUGACGCUGUUUACUGGAAUCGUUCCUCUAUAUGGAAACAGUUUAUCUUAUGCCGGCCCAGUGGGGCUAGUGUGGGGUUGGGUCAUAGUUUCAUUCUUCACCUGGUUCGUCGGCCUUGCUAUGGCUGAAAUUUGUUCCUCUUUCCCGACAACUGGGUCUUUGUACUUUUGGGCUGCUCAUUUGGCAGGUCCAAAGUAUGGACCUCUUGCGUCUUGGGUUUGUGCUUGGCUCGAAACCAUCGGUUUGAUUGCGGGAGUAGGGACUCAGGCGUAUGCAGGAGCACAAGUACUCCAGAAUAUUAUACUCUUGGCCACCGGCACGAAUAAAGAUGGAGGGUAUCUUGCACCGCGAGGAGUAUUUCUUGGAAUUUAUCUUGGAUUAUGUUUGAUAUGGGCUGUGCUGAAUACAUUCGCACUCAACGUUAUCGCUCUUAUCGACGUUGUUUCUAUCUACUGGCAGGUUAUAGGAGGUAUUAUCAUAGUGAUUAUGGUGCCAUUGGUUGCACCUACGACCCAAUCAGCCGAAUAUGUCUUCACUCACUUCGAGAGGCCAGAUGUCUCACUUGGUAUUCCAACCAGUGCAUACGCCAUUGUACUUUCAUUCUUGGUCAGUCAGUAUUCACUGUACGGUUAUGAUGCGGCUGCCCAUCUCACAGAAGAGACCAAAAACGCUGACAAAAAUGGACCAAUUGCCAUACUAUCCAGUAUUGGUCUCAUUACAGUGUUUGGAUGGGCAUUCAUACUUGCUUUGACUUUCAGCAUCCAGGAUCCAGCCUAUCUUUUCGACACAACUAAUGAGACUGCUGGGAUGUUUGUUCCUGCCCAAAUUCUUUAUGAUGCUUUCCAUGGCCGAUAUGGUAGUGGCACUGGUGCUGUCAUUCUCCUGUGUGUGAUCUGGUUUUCUUUCUUCUUUGGAGGUCUGUCAAUUACCACAAGCGCUGCCCGUGUGGUAUACGCACUCUCCCGUGAUGGAGGAAUCCCUGGUUCCAGAAUAUGGAAGAAAUUGCACCCGGUGUACAAAGUGCCUGCUAAUGCCGUAUGGCUUUGCGCUUUCCUAGCAGGUCUAUUAGGACUGCCUAUAUUAGGGAUCAAUGUGGUGUUUACUGCCAUCACUUCAAUCGCUACUAUCGGAUGGGUGGGUGGCUAUGCAGUGCCUAUCUUCUGUCGCAUAAUCAUGCCAAGAGAAAACUUUCGCCCUGGUCCUUUCUAUCUCGGAAAGGCAAGUCAAGGUGUAUGCACAGUUGCUUUCUUAUGGAUCUGCUACACUUGUUGCGCGUUCUUGCUCCCCACUACCUACCCUGUAAGUUGGGGCAAUUUCAACUAUGCUCCUAUUGCCCUCGGGGUAGUUCUCGGGCUAAAUAUGUUUUGGUGGAUCAUCAGCGCAAGGAAGUGGUUCAAAGGUCCGGUCAGAAACAUCGAGAUAGGCUAUGAAACUGCUCCCAAGGCCGUGCCAGAGUAAGCUAGAGCAUAUUUUCAUUUUUGGUGUAAUCACUUCGAUUAUUUAUCCAAUUAAUAGAUUAUUAGCCUUCAAAUUGUAUAGUAAUUUUUUCCAGGAGGCGAGUUGCAGGUCAAUAUUCGUAGGUCAGAUUUGGUGGAGUCCGGCCACCUUUAGGACGGUGAUUCAUUUAACAUUAGAAGACAUUCUAGGUGCUCUCCAGUGGGUUGAAGUAGAGUCUGCAGUUUGCAAGUUUGGUUACUACCAGUAGUCACUCGUGCAAAUACUUGUAAUGUUAAAAUCAGUCGGAAGUGCAUAACGAUUUUUACAGCU